UAAAAUCAUUUAUAUCUCCAAAAUUAUGGGCGGAUUUUUCAUCAAAAAAUUUAAAAAGAUCUUUAAAUAUUUGUGAAACUUUAAUCAAGAAAUCUAAUGAAAGCCCAAUGGUUUAUUAUAACGAAAUAAUAAAUGCAUUAGGAGAUGAACAAAUCGAUUUAGAGUAUUUCUUACAUAACAUUUCCAAGAUAACACACAUUUUAAAAGAUCACUACACCCUUCCGACUUGGUUUUUAGAACUAUUAGGUCAAACCCAACUGGAAUUGAUUGAUUCAAAUCACUUUUCAAAACGUAUUUCAUUUAUGUGCGAUGUUUUAAUUGUAACAUUAGUUUCUAUAUCGCAUCAAAAUAUUUUUUUGGAAAACUUUAAAAAUUACAGUAACAACAGUUACAUGGAAACUAUAAUUAAAUUACUCCCACAAAGCUUUGUUGUAAUUUUAAAGGAGGAAAAAUGGAAUAAAUAUAUUACUCAGGUUCUAGAAUGGCUGUAUUAUAUGGUUAAUUAUGAAACAACUCCGUUUUUAUAUCGAAAAGGUUUUUAUCAAUCUUUAAUCGCAUUGAGACAUGAACCUGAAUUUAAAAGCACGUUAAAAUGGUUUAAAUAUAUUGGAUGUAGAUGUUUAAAAGAAUAAAUAAAAUUACAUUGGUAUAAA